AUGGCACCUUUAUCUAAUGCUGGCCCGGUUCUCCCAUUGAAUGAAAUUCAAUCACACAAUAGGAACAGCGUUCCGCCAACGCCAGUUAUCCCCUAUCACUCUCAACCACCCAUGCAACAACCACCUAGCUAUUCGGCGAUGUUUAAUAAAGUUGUGGAUGCUAGAAUACGGGCUGGCUCUGGGUCUUACGAAUUUUAUACAGAUGAGGACGUCCAAAAUAAUUCAUCAAAGGGCUGGCCGUCCAUGGCAGCUACGCAGGCAGACUUUCCAAAUCGCCGCUCCCAGCGUAUAUUCAGGGCUUCGACACAACAAGUCCUAACUUGGUAUCAGCAGAGGAUUCACUGCAUCGAUAACAGACUAGAUGAGAUGAAUUUUGAGGACAGUGAAGCCGAAGGGAAGCCAUUGAGAUCACUACCUUUCGACCAGAAAAAAUUUCUAGCUCGAUGUAUCCAAGGGGUUGGACAUCUACCUCCUGAUCUGGGCUCUGGUGAGUUGGAUCGCGCGACACAGAGAGAUAAUCUCAUAGAGAGCAAGGAGUCCUUGUUGAGAAGAUAUUUUGAGCUCCUUCACAGGAGCUACGAUAACAUGAAGUUCCCCCGGGUCUCUAGACGAGCGCAUCAAUCACUUUUCGAUCACGUACGAGCAUACGACAAGCUAGACAACGAAGCGCUAGCCUUCAUGCGCUACAUCGACGACUUCAUCUCCGACGCGCCGGAUCCCAUCUUCCAAAAGUUUGAGUCUAUUCUAUACCCAGAGUCAGAAUGGGUAAACGAGACCCUAAAACGCAUCUGCUCUAUCUUCUGCGGCAACACUUCGCAAUCCUCCGAGCCCGGCGAUACGCACAUGUAUUUAAGACUGCGGUCCUUCACGAUAUUCACCAAAACGCUGCUCGUCCUCAGCUGCCUGUCGCUUGUGGCCAUUCCCGUUUCGCUGCUGUAUCUCCAAACCCAGUGGUCUCGCGGCGCCUACCUCAUCGUCGUCAUCAUCUCCUCUGGCAUUUUCGCCAUCAUCAUGUCCAUAUUCGAGCCCCGCACUAGCUACAUGUUCGUGGGCUUGGCCGCUUACGUCGCCGUGCUCGUCUCAUUCAUCUCCAACUUGAGUGACUGCGAGUGCACUGUUGCAGUAUAG